AUGGAGUGGAGUAGUGGUGGUGGUGGUGGUGGGGAUGGCCAUUGUGGAGGUGGUGGUGGUGGUGGUAGUGGUAGCAUGGUGAUGAUUGUGGUGUUGGUUGUGGAGGUGGUAGUGGAUGUGGAGGUUUUGGAGGAGGAGGUGGUGGUGGUGGUGGUGGAGGAGAAGGAGGAGGUGGUGAAGGUGGUGGAGGAGGUGGUGGUUGUGGUGGUAGUGGCGGAGGAUGAGGAGGAGAAGGAUGUGGUGGUGGUGGUGGCAGUGGUUGUGGAGGUAGUGAAUGUGGUGGUGCAAGUGGUGGAGUUGGAUGUGGAAGUGGAGGUGGUGUCAUUUUUUAAAAUGAAUUAUGGUAUUUUGGGAAUUAAAAAAAUUCAUUAA